AUGUUUUCUCUUCUAGUUAAUAUUCCUGCUAAUGCUACAUGGAAACAGAACGGAGUGACUAUUGCUGGAGGUAACGGGGGAGGGGGUACCAUUAAUAAACUCAACGAGCCUUAUGGUCUCUUUGUUGAUGAUGAUCAAACAGUGGUUAUUACUGACUACAAUAAUCAUCGUAUCAUGCAAUGGAAGAACGGUGAUACAACGAAUGGACAAGUUGUUGCUGGUGGCAAAGGCGCAGGAGAUAGAUUACAUCAAUUGAAUGGUCCAACUGAUGUAUUAAUUGACAAAGAGACGGAUAGUCUCAUUAUUUGUGAUCGAAUGAAUCGAGGAGUUGUACGAUGGUUUCGUCGUAGUGAUACAACACAAGGUAAAAUCCUCAUCGAUAACAUCGAUUGUGAUGGAUUAGCUAUGGAUGAACAGAGAUAUCUUUACGUUUCUGACUACGGAAAACAUGAAGUAAGACGAUUUCAAUUGGGUGAGAAGAAUGGCACUCUCGUAGCUGGUGGUAAUAGACAAGGUGACGGACUCAAUCAACUCAACUACACGCAUUAUCUUUUUGUCGAUCGACAACAAAAUGUCUAUGUGUCAGACUUCUACAAUCAUCGUGUAAUGAAAUGGAAUAAAGGCGCAAAAGAAGGUAUUGUUGUCGCUGGAGGGCAAGGCAAAGGGAGUGCUCUGACACAAUUGCAUAGUCCCAGUGGAAUCUUCGUUGAUACGUUGGGUACACUCUAUGCAGCAGACUCGGAUAAUCAUCGUGUAAUGCGUUGGGCUCAAGGAGACAAGAAGCAAGGCAGUGUAGUUGUGGGUGGAAAUGGAGAAGGAAAAGGAGAAAAUCAGCUCCAGCACCCCAUUGGCUUGUCUUUCGAUCGACAUGGUAAUCUCUAUGUCGUCGAUGCAGGUAAUCAUCGUGUUCAACGAUUUUCUAUCGAAUAA